UGUUUAGAGAUUGUGAACGGCGCUUAAAGCGCAGCUCUCCUUGUCUAUAUAGGUUCGUGUAUUUUACAAAGUCCGUGGGGUGCUUCCGGUAAGCCCCGUAGCCAGCGGCACUUUCUCGGCUCCUUCGCGACGCUAUCGGUCGCAUGGUAGGGGCGAACACAGUGGCGGCUUCAGAGGCGAUAAGGUCCACGGUCCAUCCCCACCCUUUACGCGCGUCGUUACACCUCGAUCUGUGUUUCUCUUUAUGUCAAGAGAAAUAGAGAGAGAGAGAGAGAGAGAAAGAAAGGGGAAAAAAAGGAGAGGGGAUAUCACGGACCGGAGGAAACAACGACAGCGACGAUGCCGGGCAGCAUCGAAACAAGGGCGGAGAAGAAAUUGGAGGGGGAAGACAUCACGGCGGACAAGGACGCCAUAUUGAAUCACUCUGGUUAAUUUUUCCGCAGGGGAAGCAUAAGCGAGUGAGCAAACGAGCGAGGAAAAAAAAAGAAAAUAUGAAAGUAAGAGAAAAAGAGAAAAGUGGACAAAGGAAAUAGUUUUGCGUAAUUUCGACAAAGGACAAAAAAUCGUUUGGUGUGGAUUCCCUUCGUGCUUACAAUUUCGUGUUGUGAUAGAAAAAAGACAUUCAUAUUUUCGUGUUUCCUCGCUUGCUCUUUUACUAUUCCCUUUCUCUUGUCCUCUUUCCACCUAUUUAUCUAUCCUUUUUCAUUCGUCGGAAGAAGCGCGCGUAAGAGAACACAUAAACCGGCCACGGCAGCGUGGCGCUGCUCUGGCAUCGUAGUCCAUUCUUCCGUCUGUUUGUCCAUCUGUUCAUUCGUCGAACAAUUCGUCCAUCAGCCUGUCGGUAUGUCGAUCCUCUCUCUCGGUUUUAGCAGUUAGGCGCGUCGCGCGGCGCGACGCGAUGAACGACCUGGCGAUGCGCGAGCAUGCACAUAAGAAAUUCACGCGCGGAAAUUCUACGAUCCCGACGACAAUUACUGGAUAAUGAACUGUGUCUUGUGUAUUACAUUUUUUUUUCUUGUGUAACUAAAAAACGAAGUUGACUGAUCUAUUCAUGGACGCUUGUGCAUCUGUGUUUCUUCUACUUUGUGGACCGACUUGUACAGGAGAGGGAAAGAGAGAGAGAGAGAGAGAACGUAUACGACGAGCAUGUUAUGUAUGCCCGUGCAACGUGUAAGCUAUUGUAUAUGAACAUGAUUGUGAAUUAUUCUAUCGACAUUGUGUCAUAAAAACGAGCGUGUACCCCGAUCAUAAUGUGAUAUUGAUGGUGUAGCAUCGUUUAAUGCAAGAAGAAGAUGGAAAAGAAUUAGAAGAAGUUAGACUAAAAACAUUCAACCGAUUAGCCGGCUCUUUUUUUUUUACAUACGUUUACCUGUUCCCUUGCAUCUUCUGUAAUCGAUUUACAUACAUACUCGCUUGGUUUAUUUCUCUGUGUAUGUAUACGUAUUCUAAGGAUUACUGAGCACUUAGCCUAACGGAUUUUCAGAUUCACUGUGCUUAAAGGAAUGGAAACCAUGGAGUUAGAUGGUGAUGCUGUAGUAGAUCUUAGUGUAAGUAGCAGUGGCAGGAGAAAUUCCCCAUCAGUAAAUGCAAAUUCAGGUGAUGUAGGUGUACCUUUGGACCUUGGAAUUCAUUUUGCUGCAAAUCCUAAUUCUAAUCCUUUGGAAAGCAAUGUGCUAGAAGCACGUAAUAUUCAAAAUGCAGCAAGAGGUAUAUUGGGUCCAAAAACAGGAGAUGAUAGGAGGACUCGACGUAAUCUUAGACCAAGAAUUGAAAGAAGUUAUGCGGAGAGUCCUGAUGAACCUAGAAUAAAUGGAUUUUUAAAUGGAAAUGGUUCAUCAGAUAGCGAUGAAGUUGAAAUGCCACCAUUACUUCCAAUCAAAGAACUGUCUUCAGACGAAUUGGCUGAACGUGAAAGGACAUUAAGAAAGUUGAAGGAAGAAUUACGAUCAGAAGAGAUGAAAUUGGUUCUGCUAAAAAAGUUGAGACAGUCUCAACAAUUAAAAGAAAAUAUAGCAGCAGUUCCCAAAGUUCCCAGCAAGUUGCCACCACCAGUGACAGUACAACCAACGCCUCAUGGACAUAGAACAGGGAAAGCACCACCACCGUUGCUUAGAGGACAACCAGCACCAAGUAGAAGUAGUAGUCUCCAUGCACCACCACCUGGAAUGCUGUUACCACCUACAACUGGACGAAGUUCUACUUCAAGUACUGGAAUGCCUCCUAACAUGGUAAUACCUCAACCACCACAUCCUCGAGGUAGACCACCUAGUGCAACGCCAAGUGUCCCAACUUAUCAUGCUCCAGCUGAUAGGACUGAACGUUCUACAAAAGAUCCUACCCCUACUCCAGCACAUCAACUACUUGUUGGAUCUCAAGAAAAUAAAACCACAGCAUCUUUAAAUACGCCCGUAAUUUCGGAACAGGAUAGAUCGAGAGAAGAUAAUCAAACACCGGCGCAGCGGCAGGCUGCUGCUAAGUUGGCUUUAAGAAAACAACUAGAGAAAACUCUUUUGCAAAUACCACCGCCAAAACCUCCACCACCGGAAAUGCAUUUUGUACCAAAUCCAUCGAAUACAGAGUUUAUUUAUCUUGUUGGCUUGGAGCAUGUGGUCGAUUUUAUUACGAAAGAACCUGCUAUACCACCCCCUCCUGAGCCAUUUGAAUGUACACAGUGUAAAACAGAUUUUACGCCUGUUUGGAAGUGGGAAAAACCAGUAGGUAGUGGGAAGAAAGAAGGUCCACGUGGACAACAUGCCACGUUCCAACGACCUCCAGCAGGUCGAGAUCCUAGAGUUAUCUGUGAACAUUGCGUGACAUCCAAUGUUAAGAAAGCUCUCAAAGCAGAACAUACAAAUCGAUUAAAGACCGCUUUUGUGAAAGCUCUACAACAAGAGCAAGAAAUUGAACAAAGGCUUGCUCAAGCAGCAUGUCCAAGUCCAGAUCCACCAGCUCCUAAAUCAGUUCCAAAAGCGGCAACUCCUACCAGGAGAAUAGCGACACCUCCUGCUCCUCCUCCUCAGGUGCCACCAGCACCUACGCUUACACCAACACCACCUGCACCUAAGCUGCAAGAACAUCCGUUAGUUAAACUGGCUGAAAGUGGAAAAUUUAGUCCUCAUCAUGCGGCUACUGCAGCUGCUUUACAACAACAAUUAUUAAGAGAACUUGCAAAGACUCCAGUGACAAGCAUACCACAUCAGCCUCUUCCUGCCCACAUGAUGCCCCCGUUUACUUCUAUUUUAUAUCCAUAUCAGUUAGCAAUGGCACAGGCAACUGGAGGUAAAGGUCUUGCAGAGUUGCAACGGCAAGCAGCAGAUCUUCAACGUCAGUACCUGCUUGAUAUGAUUCCAUCGCAAGCAUCACAAGCACAGGGCAACCAAGCUCCACCAAGAGCUCAUCCACAUAAUUGGAAAACGUAACCGAACGCAUUUAAGGAAAGAACAAUAAAUCCAAGUAAAUAAUUAUAAUAAACGGAGUAACGAAGUAAUUAAAGAACGAGGAAAAGGUUCAUGGUUAUUGAGAGAGAUACGAUAUGUCACUAAUAUCACGUUGUUGUGAUUGGGAAUAUUGUGAUAUAUCAAUAUGUUUUUGGUAUAUCGCUCAUUAAAUGAUAAGGAAGUAUAAGAUAUAAUCCAAGAAAUAUGUAAAUGAUUACGUGAUUCUUCAAGUAACGAAUUAACGUUUUGUUUUUUAUUAACGAACAAUUCUAAUAUUGUUCGAUUUGUUUCAAAAUUAAUAAGUAUCGACAAUGAUAUCUUAAAGAUUAAUUGAAAAGCAGCAUUAUGUUUUAAUUUUAAUAUUACAAGAAGUGUCUCCUUUUGAUAUUACUCUGCAUCGAUAUUGGAUAUUUUACCAAAAAAACGGAUAAAGACGUAAUUAAUACGUAAUGUUAAUCACACGUAUGUAAUAUCUGAAUAAAGUGAAAAUAAGAAAACAAAUGAACACUUGUUAAGGCACUAAGAGACGGUAAUAAGUGGUAUAUAAUAAUAUCGAUGCAUCGAUUAUUGAAAAUGAAUAAUCUGAGUUACAAAAGUGAAAAAUGAUUGCGUUGCAGUAAAUUGAAAUUGAAGCUAAGAAUCAUUUUAGGCUCUUAUAAUUAAGCCUAUCUUUGCCACUGGAUUGAAUAAAUUAUUAACCAGUGGCAGGGGGUACCUGUACUAUGUGUAUAUCUCUUUAUUUUCUUUAAUCGUGAGUAUUUUUAAGGCGAAUACAUUGCAUGUGUGAGAAACAGAUAUAGAAAGAAAGAGAGAGUGUAUGAAUUAUAGUUAUAAAUAAUAAUCUUUUCAAGGAAAUGUGUGUGAAAGAAUAAUAAGCGAAUAUGUGAGCGAUAAGAAAAAUUUUUUUUUGCCAAUAUGUGGCAGAGUAUGUGCAUCGAUAUGUUUUUAAUAGAAUGACAGAAAUGUCAUUCACGCACAAAUCUAAUAAGAAUUUCCAUGUAUGGCAAAUCGGCUAAAAAGUUUUUCUUCAUCAAGAAGGUACAUCAAGACGAUACAUUGUGACUCGGUAAAAUUUUUUUAUUCAUAAACUAUGAUUAAUGAAUUUGGAAGAAAGGAGCAUACCGACAAAGAGUCAAAUUUUCACAUUAUGAUUGUUUUGAUGUGCCACAAUUCAUAUAAAAAUAUUAAAGUCAUCAACAAGACGUGUGCAUAAUCGCAAUUUUUCGAAGUGUUAAGGUGCGAGAUAAAAGAAAAAAAGGGUCUGGAUUUUUAGUCCUCUAUAAAAAAAAAGGAAAAAAAAGAAAAAAAAACAAGUUUGCACAUAUAACAGUUAAACCCUCUGGCACUCAUCCCGAGCAAUACUAUUAAUUAUUAUCACCUUCGCUAAUAGCCUAAUUUCUAUGACUCUGGCUAACAAAUCUUGGUCAUACAUUUCUGAAUCAAUAAAUAAAUAGUACUAUACUGUAGUCUUGAUAUUUCUCGGUAUUAUGAUACAUACAAGUUAAUAAACUAAAAUAGCAUAAUCAUCUCUCUUUGUAUUACGUGAUAGGUUUUGAGCUCGUACUGAUAUACAUGUACACCAUAAUAAGUCUACGAUCGCAUAAUAGAUCAACAUCUGUGUUUUUUGUGUAAGAGAAUUGAAAGAAUAUGUCGUCACCUGCACUGUCGCCAGUGAUACUACUGCUGCCACCUUUCUAUCAUCAAACAUGAUUAUUUCAAAUCAGUGUCAUGCAAAGAGAGGAGAAUAGGAGAACACGAUUUUUAAUUUACAUAUACAUGCAGUCAAAAAUGUACUUGUAAUUUAAUGCAUUUAUUGUAGAUUACUAUUAAUUAUUUUGUAAAUUAAUUAUUUCGUUAUUUUUUUCAUUAGUUUAUUAAAAGAGGUUCUAAAGUCUUAUUCAACAAUGGUCAAUUAACUAACCGUUUCGUUUUCGCGUUCUCCUCUUCCUUGUGAGAGCGUUGUUAUUUAAUGAUAAAUAUGUUUUUAUUGAAAUGUGUGAUCCUUAAAAAAUAGAGUAAUUUUAAUGUGAUUGAAAAGAAUUUAAUGAUAUUAAGUACGUAACGUUCUACAAUUGUUCAAUCAUAAUUGAGGGUCUUAUUCGAUAUUGAUCAUUUCACUAUACUUUUUUUUGACUGUUUCUUUUUCCUUUUUUGUCUAGUCUGAAUUUUCGGUUCUAUGUAGUGUUAUUAGGAAGUAAUACAC